AUGAGUUCCGAUUCAACUAGAAACUAUAAGUUUGAAGAAAUGUCAAUUGUUUCCUGGAGGGCUGUUAGCCGUGAAAUCCGAAAGAUCCUGACCGAGAGGGCAUCCAACUUUAAUAUUGCUCUUGAUGAUGUGUCAAUUACUACUCUGACCUUUGGCAAGGAGUUUACUGUUGCAAUUGAAGCCAAGCAGGUGGCUGCACAAGAAGCUGAGAGGGCGAAAUUUGUUGUGGAAAAAGCUGAGCAAGACAAAAGAAGUGUUGUAAUCAGAGCACAGGGUGAGGCUAAAAGUGCCCAACUGAUUGGACAAGCCAUUUCCAACAAUCCAGCUUUCAUCACACUCAGGAAGAUUGAAGCUGCAAGAGAGAUUGCACAUACUAUAUCAAACGCAGCAAACAAGGUUUUCCUGAAUUCAGAUGAUCUUUUGCUGAAUCUUCAGGAGCUGAAUUUGGAGCCUGGCAAAAACUGAGCUGGUUAAUCUGUUUAUGGUUCUCAAUAAUUUUCAAGUAUAAAAAUAUGAUC